GGGCGUCGUCAUCUCCCAGCGAGGCAACCCCAUGGCUCCCCGAAGCCUCUCCCUCCGCCUUGAUAGAGACGGCCGAACCCGCGGUAUCCCGAGGCCGAUCUGCUCCGAAUUGGCUCUCUCCCACUCCCUCGAUAUGAGCAUCCAAUCCCUUGGCAUCCAGAGAUGGAUCGUUGUCCGCGCUGAUUUCCUUUGAGGCAAUGGACUGGCUCUGAUUGCUCUCACUCUCUCCCACUUCCAUGGCGUGCAGAGGCUGACCGCUCUUGGUGUAGGUUUUGAGUGAGGCAAGGGAAUGACAUUCACUUGCUUCCGUUGCAUCAAUGGAAUCGCCCUCGCACACUUCCAAUGUAUCAAUGGAUUCGCCCUCGCACACUCCCAUUGUAUCAAUGGAUUCGCCCUCGAACACUUCCAAUGUAUCAAUGGAAUCGCCCUCGCACACUCUCAUUGUAUCAAUGGAAUCGCCCUCGCACACUCCCAUUGUAUCAAUGGAAUCGCCCUUGUACACUCCCAUUGUAUCAAUGGAAUCGCCCUCGCACACUUCCAAUGUAUCAAUGGAUUCGCCCUCGCACACUCCCAUUGUAUCAAUGGAUUCGCCCUCGAACACUUCCAAUGUAUCAAUGGAAUCUCCCUCGCACACUCUCAUUGUAUCAAUGGAAUCGCCCUCGCACACUCCCAUUGUAUCAAUGGAAUCGCCCUUGUACACUCCCAUUGUAUCAAUGGAAUCGCCCUCGCACACUCCCAUUGUAUUAACGGAUUCGCCCUUGUACACUCCCAUUGUAUCAAUGGAUUCUCCCUUGUACACUCCCAUUGUAUCAAUGGAUUCACCCUUGUACACUCCCAUUGUAUUAACGGAUUCGCCCUUGUACACUCCCAAUGUAUCAAUGGAUUCGCCCUUGUACACUCCCAUUGUAUCAAUGGAUUCGUCCUUGUACACUCCCAAUGUAUCAAUGGAUUCGCCCUUGUACAUUCCCAUUGUAUCAAUGGAUUCGCCCUUGUACACUCCCAAUGUAUCAAUGGAAUCGUCCUCGCACACUCCCAUUGUAUCAAUGGAAGCGCCCGCGCACACUUCCAUUGUAUCAAUGGAAUCGCCCUCGCACUCUCCCAUUGUAUCAAUGGAUUCAUCCUUGUACACUCCCAUUGUAUCAAUGGAUUCGCCCUUGUACACUUCCAUUGUAUCAACGGAAUCGUCCUCGCACACUUCCAUUGUAUCAAUGGAAUCGCCCUCGGACACUUCCAUUGUAUCAAAGGAAUCGCCCUCGCACACUUCCAUUGUAUCAAUGGAAUCGUCCUCGGACACUUGCAUUGUAUCAAAGGAAUCGCCCUCGCACACUUCCAUUGAAUCAAAGGAAUCGCCCUCGCACACUUCCAUUGUAUCAACGGAAUCGCUCUCGUCCACUUCCAUUGCCUCAAUGGAAUCGCUCUCGUCCACUUCCAUUGCCUCGAUGGAAUCGCCCUCGCACACCAUUUCCAUUGCCUUGAUGGAAUCGCCGUCCCUCAUUUCCAUUGCCUUUGUGCUCUCAAUGUUGCUGCUGCUGCUGCCGCUGCUCAUGGUGCAAUGAAUUGAACAGGCACCACUGCAGCUCGUGAGGGAACCAAACAUGGAAGAUGAAAGGUGACCACAGUCAGGGUCGGCGUUGAACACUAGUGCCACAUGAUGCUCGGGUGCCGGCGCUGGGGUGGUGUUCAUCCACGAGUGCUUGAGAGCACUCGCCGGCGUGCAGCGCGUGUCUGGGUUCCAGCUGCGGACAGAGAGACGAGUUGCCGUGAGACAGAGAGACAAGUAGCCAUGAGGACAUUCGGCAUGAGGGGCGAUUUCAUCUUUGGCCUCGUUCGUGCGCAAAAAAUGCGGUGCAGGUCUCCAAUGGCAUAUCCGAGGCAAAAGACAAUGAUUUCAUGUAAUGACGGGAUAUGGGGUCGAACUAAUAUUAACUACAAUGAAGAUAUAGAAGGCACAGAGAGGUCCUCCUGCAAUUGUCCGUAGAUCUGUGGGUCACGUUUUAUCUGCCCAAUGCAUGGUGCCCUUACGUUUAUAAUAGCUCACGCUGCUUGAGGCAAGUGAUGGGACCAUGGCAAAGACGUGUACUGCUGGAAGGGCACAUAUUGAAACUGACUUGGGUUUGCUGAAGAAGUUGGCAGAAACUCAGCUGAUGCGACACUUACCAAAGAAUGGAGUUGAUGAAGUCCAAGAACCCCAAGUCCCUGGACCCCAGAAACUGGUUGAGUGGGCAACGGGAUGACGAAGGUGGCGACGCCGUUCCCUUAGGCUUCGUCGUCGCGCCCCUCUCCCUGCUGGGACGAGCGACGCCGAGCUCCGGGCCAAGAGCGGCGGCCCCACACCGAUGUCGAGCUCGGGUCGCGAGGAGCGCGUAAAUAAUAAUGAUAAUUUCAGCUGUGUAAACGCGACGACCCUGUUGGGUGGUGGAGGGGUCAGACAACGUGUUUUUAUUAAUGGACAUGAACCACAACAACAAUAAACGUAAAGUACCACGAACAUUC